CCACAUGUCAUAAACAGAUAGCACUAAAACUUCAGGUUAAAAAGUCAAAAAAACACUUAUAAGUCCAUUGAAAGAAGCACUUUCUUAAUUAACGAAAUCAUAUAAAUUUUUUAUCCCGAAUGAAGAAGACGUAAUUCUAGUUCUUGUAGAUCUUCCAUGUCAUCUAGAGUUGCAAGAAGCAACAUCUCGAGCACUCAAACUUGUGCCAAAACAAAAUCCAGUAGAUUAGAAUCCAAAUAAUUAUGACAUAUAUGUGGCCAAGAAAACUGGCUAACCUAAAAUGGAUUUUCCAUCUUAUUAAACAAAUUUAAGACUAGAAGAAACAGGAAAUUUCGUAUUUUCCUUAGUUCAUGUAACAUAUUCAGAAAAAAAAAUCAGAAAAUCAAUAAGAAAAUCAACAUAUGAUCUAUCACACUAUCAAAGUCCAACAAUCCCCUCAAGAUCAAAAGAGAUCAAUUUAUAUCAACCUAAACCAGAAAAAAACUGGUUACUUCGAUUUUUAGGAUGCGCUUGAUU